UCCUUUUCUUCUUUUUUCCCCUCUUUCCACGAUCACAUUGCCGCCAUUUUUACAGAGAUCCUCUCUCAGUCGCUGUGAAUUUAUAUCACACCAUUCCAUGGUCUUUGCAAAUCCUUUUCUCUGCUUAUCUUUGUUUAGUAGAUUCUGGGUUUGUUCAUUACCAUAAAUAGAACGUAGACUAUAUCUUUGAAACAGUCUUUUCCCAUUGUUACUGUUCUCUGAGAUUUGUCAAUCAGUCUGCUUGAAGAAAAUGGCCGUUGAGCCUCUAAUGGAUGAACCCAAAGAUCAGUUCCCCAUUGGAAUGCGUGUGCUCGCAGUUGACGAUGACCCCACUUGCCUAUUUUUCUUGGAGACCCUUCUCCGUCGAUGCCAAUAUCACGUUACGACUACUAAUCAAGCAAUCACAGCAUUGAAGCUGCUGAGAGAAAACAGGAACAAUUUUGACCUGGUCAUUAGUGAUGUUCAGAUGCCAGACAUGGAUGGUUUUAAGCUGCUUGAGCUUGUGGGCCUUGAGAUGGACCUUCCUGUCAUAAUGUUGUCCGUCAAUGGUGAUCCCAAGCUUGUAAUGAAGGGAAUUUCCCAUGGAGCUUGUGAUUAUCUACUGAAACCGGUUCGAACUGAGGAGCUGAAGAACAUCUGGCAACAUGUAAUCAGGAGAAAGAAGUUUGAUUCUAAAGACUCAUAUAAAUCUGGCAAUCAAGACAAGCAUGAUCCUGGCAGUGGUGGAGGAUCGGGGUCACCUGGGACACUUUCUGAUCAGAAUGGAAAGCUCAAUAAAAAACGGAAGGAUCAGAAUGAAGAUGAGGAUGAGGAACAUGAUGAAAGUGGGCAUUGUGAUCCAUCAACUCAGAAGAAGCAGCGGGUUGUUUGGUCUGUGGAUCUGCACCGCAAAUUUGUCGCUGCUGUUCAUCAAUUGGGCAUUGAUAAGGCCGUACCUAAAAAAAUUCUAGAUAUGAUGAAUGUUGAAAAGCUUACAAGAGAAAAUGUAGCAAGCCAUCUUCAGAAAUACAGGCUUUACCUUAAAAGGCUUAAUAGUAUGGUAAACCAGCAAGCUAAUUUGGCGGCCGCCUUAGGAGGUACAGAUUCAUCCUAUCUGCGAGUGGGUUCUCUGAAUGGACGUGAUAGUUUUCACACCUUGAUUGGAUCUGGUCAAUUUCAUAACACCGCUUUCAGAUCAUUACCACCUGGUGGAUUGCUCGGUAGAUUGAACACACCUUCUGGUCUGGGUAUGCAUGGCCUUCCUUCUUCAGGAAUGACUCAACUGAGUCAUGUGCGAAACUCGAGCAACUCUACUAAUGAUCAGGUUAACUGCCAGCAGGUCAUACUCCCUGGAAACCAUAAUGGGAGUGUACUUCAAGGAAUGCCGAUGCCGCUAGAACUUGAUCAAGGGCAACAUAUUAAGGGUGUUACACAUGCCAGAGAGCUCUCCAUUCCUAUUGAUAACACAGCAAUUUUCCCCAUUCCCAGAGCCCUUCUCGAUGCAAAAAUAGGUAUUUCUAGCUCAAGCAAUCCUCAUCUUGGUGUUGUGAACAGCCCGUUGAUAUUAGAACAGAACUCUCAAGUACAUCAAGAUGGUCAAGUGUAUGGAAAUCAGUCCUCUGUCUCAGUGGCCUCUUUAAAUUCAGAAUUUUCUUCCCUAUUGCCAGUUCAUAGUAGAUUGAAUGAAACCUGGUCAACUUCUGCCCAGUCAUCUGGGAUCGAGUCAAAUUCUUUUCCACUAAAUGACUGUUUUAAACAGCCUACUCUGCAUCAUGGUAACAUGAGGGACGACAUGCGUAUGGUGACCUUCCAAAUGGAGCGUAAUCCAUGCAGUGCUUCUUCUGUUGCUUCAAUGUCCACUGAAUUGCAGGAUAUAAGGACGGAAAUGCAAUGCCGAGCAAGCCCGAUCAGCAGUAAUGCUGGGCAAAUAAGACAUCAUUCCCCACCUCAAGGGUGGGUAGACCAUAAUCAGGAUGGUCCGUACUCAAAUGUGAUAUGUAGCUCAACAAACUCUAUGAUCCCUGUGCAUGGUUCUGUGGGUACAUUGGGUCAAGGUUCAGAACCAAAGAACUUCCACCCAGAUAUGGAUUUCAAUUCAAUCGGACAAUCAAGUUAUUUUGAUCCUUUAUAUUUGAAGCACGAUGAGGUUAAUGAAUCUACCAUGGAGAUAUCACUGAAGCUGAAGCAAGGGCUCGGGGACCAAAGGAGGCCACAAGGAAGUUAUAUUUCCGGCAAUUUUGGCUCAUUGGAAGACAUAGUGAAGGCAAUGGUUAAACAGGAAAUUGAUAAGGCGAAAGAAACUGAUUGAAGAAGGAUGCGAUACUUUUUUAUCUUGGGACAUGCAUGUGAAACUGCGCGACGGAAGGAAUAAAUAUAUAUUGUCCUCGAUCAAUGAGUUUUUCAUCGUACAGUUUAUUACACGUCUAUCCACUAUUGACACUGAAUUAAUAUAGAAUACUCGAAUAGGUCUAAAUUUCUAUCCUUCUCACUUUCAGCUUGGCCAGAUUUUCUUGUUAAUUGAGCAAAUUCGAAUUAAAGGAUUUACGAAUAAGGGUUUUAU